AUGAGUGGCCUCGAUGAUGAUGACCUCCAAGUCAUUCCAGACAAAGACCGCAUUACUCUCCCGACGCACCCCAUCUCGAAUCAAGUGAUUUCAAAAGAAUUUAUCAAUACUACCCUCAAUUUUCUCUCGGCCUCUACCAAUGAGACCCUUCUCGGAGUCCUGGCGCUUCUUGUAUUCGUCACCUACAUUAUCCUGGGGAGAAUCGGUCUGCUUCUGAUUGGAGUGGCUGUGGGGGUUGUCUUACACGCGUCCUGGGAGGGAUCGGAUAUUGAACCCGCAGACGGAGGGGGGGGUGAUGAUGGCUCUACCAGUACGCUUGAAGACCUGUCCUCAACAGACUUGGAAUAUGCCACCUUCCAACCCGCUACUGCUGUUGCGUUGCGAACGCUCACGGACGCAGUCAUAAAAGACUAUGUCAAAUACUGGUAUGAGCCACUCCUACAAUCCGAAUCAAUUUUCCCGGGUUCCUGUCGCAAAAUCUUGACGCACUUCAUUACAUCGGUCUCCUCGCACCUCUCGCGAAAACGAACAGAGGACACGUUCUUGCAGUUUCUCACCAACUCAUCAUCUAUCGUCAUUGUUUUCUUGAAUGAACUUGCAGCAGCAUUCACCUCCGUAGGCUCCUCCUCGGCGGAAACUCAAAAAGCUGUGGAUCAGUACCUUGAACAAUUUCCGGAUAGCAGCCUUGCGAAUGUCUUAUCUGAGGAGCAACAAAAGAAGAAACUCAGCAUGAUCGCGGAUGACAUACUGUCAAAUUUCUUGGAUGCGAAGACCUACAAUUGUCCGGCUGUACGGGACUUCCUCCGUGAGGUUUUUGCGGGGGUGGUAUUGGGGUCCACUAUUACCAGUCUCGGGCGACCUGAAUUUAUCAACGAAUGGAUUAUCUAUCUCUUGCAGGGUGGCGAAUCCGAAAUUAUGCACGCUAUCGACGCAGGCGUUGAAGGCGCACGGAACCAGGGCGUUGGUGCUCCCAGGUCUUCCGAAGAUGCAAACGCAGUCCCCGUUAAAGCCACACACAGAGAGUCCGUACAUGUGGCAAGGGCUACAGACGAAGAAGCAGUAUUAGAGACGAAACGUCUAAGCGCUAUGAUUGCUUCUCAUGAUACUGAAAGCACAGGAUCAGAACGGCCACAUCAAAACGAAAAAAUCAACGAAAUUUACCCUUUGAAGGCUGAUCCAGCUUCAAACACGGGUCAUGAAAAUGAAGAACACCAUGAGUCUGGACUGGUGCCCAAUAUGCAAUUACCUGUGAGCUCGAAACUAUCCGAGGACUCUUCUGCCCCACCUUUGAUUCUUCAUGGGGCACAGGUUUUGGUAGAUGAUGACGGAGCAAGGGAUGAAAAAAGCCAGAUCAAGUCGCGACCCAUAUGGGAUUAUCUACUACAGGUCGAGCCAGCGUCAACACGCUCGACUGGGUGGAUGGUUUUUCGCAAAUAUUCAGACUUCGAGUCUCUUCAUGAGAUGUUGGGAACCGUUUCACGAUUGAAUCAGAUUUCAAGUUUCUCGGAGCGUCACCCUAUACUGCCCACCUGGAAGGGAAAAACACGACAAGCUCUCGCCCGGGACCUUGAGUGGUAUUUACAAGAUGCCAUGAAGCACGAGUCCCUUGCUGACACUGAUCGGAUGCGUCGCUUUUUGGAAAAAGACGCUGGCUCAUCUGCUGAACUCACCGGUCCUAGCAAGCCGGUAUUUUCAUUUCCUAGUCAUACUGCGUUUGAAAAUAUGGGCAAGGGUGUGCUGGGUGCAUUGACCAAUGCGCCUAAGGGAGUGGCAGGAGGUAGUAAAGCCGUAUUUGAAGGAAUGACGGGGGUGUUUGGAGGCGCCGCCAAUAGCAAGAAACCGGCUGUCACUGCUGAUCAGAUCCAACCCAGAGUUGAUCACUCCAGUCGCACCAGUUUGUCGCACCCACGGUCCAGCCUCGAUGAUCGCAACAUCGUAAUCGACGAAGAUGUUGAUUCGCCUGCGCUGUGCCCUGGCGACUCUUUAAAACUCGACAGAGGUGAAAUUUCCAACUCGUCUUCGACCGAGAGUACCCGGGAGUCGUUUGGGAAUGAGCAAAGUGCAUGGACCACCCAGACCUCACCAUCCAAGACCUCGCUUGAUGUUAGCGAUCAGACUGUGGAACUUGACAUCCAGACAACAGAAACUAUCAAGCAAACCUCGUCGCAUCGCCGAUCGGAGACUGGGCAGAAUAUUGGUCAACCACGCAAUCAGGGGAAUCCCAUCACAUCUGAUGAGACGCAAAUAGCAGUAGAGCUGAUCUUUGCGGUCAUCAAUGAGUUAUACACCCUGUCGUCCGCAUGGAACAUACGUCGGACCCUUUUGAAUGCUGCUAAAUCGUAUAUUCUACGCCCCGGGAGCCCGACACUGGAAACCAUUCGUACUCUCUUGCAAGAAUCCAUGAUAGAAGCCCACACUUCAGACGAUGCCCUCGGGCAGUACCUUGUCAAGCUUCGUGAGAAUGCGCUCCCAACAGAGGAGGAACUUAAAGCCUGGCCCCCUCCACCCAGUGAUGAGGAAAAGAUCCGGUUACGGGAUACUGCACGUAAACUAUUUGUGCAGCGAGGAAUUCCACAGGCCUUGACGAGUGUUAUGGGGGCAGCUGCUAGUCGAGAAGCGCUAGAGAAGAUCUUUGAUAGUCUUCAAGUUGAGAGUGUCGCUCGCGGAUUUGUUUUUUCAACUCUACUACAGGGUCUUAGGGUCUUGACACUCUAA